AUGAUUCGCGAUCGUAUCUGUCGGGCGUUAGAAAAGUACAUCGAUGGCUACCGUUCUCAAAUUCAAACCCGUAUCGAUCCAAAAAUCAAAAGUACUACAGAAGUCCUUGCCGACAAACUACCAGGUGCGAUCAUGGAUUUUAUGACCAACAGAUUCGCAGAAGAUCAUAGCGCUAUGGAAGGUAUUCUCGACUUUGUCGCCACGGUUACCGACCGCAUGCCAGCUAAAUUCAAAGAUAAGAUUCACGAAAGCAUCAGAGAAGUCGUCUACGAAGCGAUGGACGGUAUAUCCGACAAGGUUACCGAUGCCGUCCUCAAUUCAUCCAAAAACGCUAUUCGCGAAGCAACUGGUCAAAGUGUGACUUUGAUCGAAAAGGAAAAGAUCAUAGUGAAGGAAAAGAAAGAGAAACCAGAUAAAUCAUUCCGCGAGCUAAUUGAUAUCAGAUUCGAUCUUAGCUGGUUGUUUAAAGGAAAAGAAGGCAUCGUUGGCAAGAUUCUCGAACUACUUCGUGCUCCGAUUAAUCAUGUUGGUUCUGAGAUCCAAGAUCAUCUAGUUACUACGAUACCCAAGCGUGUUGAGGAGCAUCUUGCAGAAGUACUCCCCGAUGCGGAUAACGAUGGACAAUUGGACGGUUUCCGUGGAGCGGUCCUUGGUGUAUUUGGUCAGAGAGAUACAAAGAAUAACGUGUUUGCUAAGAUGAUCAUGAAGCUACCGGGGCUGGUUGAAAAAGUAGUGCAUCCGGUUAUUGAAGAUCUUGAGGAGCACUUGUACCAGAUUGUGGAGAAAGAAUUAACAGAGGAAUUGUUUGCUGAAGAAAAAUUAGUUAUUUGA